AAAUUUUUUGGUAAUUUUUCCAAAAAAUUUCUAUUUCUGGUGUUUGUUAUUUUUUAAAAGAAUAAAAAAGUUACAUAUUUCUCAAGAAAAACAAAGCAAGUGUUACAAGAUAUUUUUUAUAAUUUGUUUAAAGUGUGAAUAUAAUGAGUGAUUCUCAAAAACAGCAGCGUCCCGGCGCUACUCCCAUUAAAAAUCCACUGUUAAGUGCUUCGGUUACAGGUUUAACAUUCGAUGAUUUCCCCAAUAAGCCUUUGUUACUGCCGGCAGCACCUCCUAUUGUACAUGCAACGGUUCCGGCUCCAGUCGUUACUCCCACUGGAUUAAUAAGAGAACACAAAUCAUUGGUAACAUUGGGAUCUUCUUCGUUAGAUACUGAAAAUCUUGAUGAAAUUAAUUUAAACGCUUCGAAUGAAGAAAGUCAGACAGCUGAUACCAACGAACCGAAUCCCCUAUUGGAACAAUCAAAUCUAGGCGUUAAUAGUGAUUCUAUAUUGAGUCAAGCGGCUUCUUCGUUUUCUGCGUUGCCUUCGGUGGCUUCUAAUGUGUUUUCAACAUUUUCCAAGCGCAUAACAGCUAUUUCAAGUCGUGAAACAACACCAACAUAUGAUCAAGGUCCUCAGGAUUUGAAUAGUAAUCCUUUAGUUCCACAAUUGGAUAUACAACCAACUUAUAAUCAACAGCAACAAGCAGGUUUAUCACAACCACCUCCGCCCUUUUAUGCACCACCUCCCGGUGGUAAUUAUUUUGCGAGUACAUCGGCCUCAUUGACCCAAGAUACACAGACAAGUGUACCACCACAACCUGUAGAACCUCCAAAGUUUUACACGCCUGCUGAAGUUCCAUCAAUACCAUCAGCAAGUGGGGCUCCCCCCGCUAAUGUAGGUGGACAAAAUAAUUUUCGUUUUUCUUCUAAAAAAAAAUUGUAUGCUCCCAUACCUGGACUGUCAGAUCAAACUGCCAAUCCAGUUACUACAUUAGAUCCAUCAGCUGUAAGUGCUCCAAUUUCAUACGACACCCAGUACAGUGGAAUCUCUGCAAACAAUUAUUAUCAACAACCCGAAUAUCCCACUGCCGAAGAGCGUAAAAAUAAUACAGGUUUAUUUUCAAAAAUAAGCAGCCUUGCUCCAGCUGGUGUAUUGCAAAAUAUCACGGGACUAGUACAAUCUGCAACAGGAUCCUUAACACAAAAUAAACCUUCUGCUCCAGUUGUUGAUCAACAAAAUAACUAUUUUACGGGACCACCUCCACCAACAAACUAUUUCGUACCACCUUCACUAAGUGGUCAGCAAUCGACUUCCCAAGAUACCCAACCUUCAUCAUUUUUUAUUGGCCAAGAAUCUGGACCUACCCCUUUCACACCAUAUGACAGUAAUUCCAAUACGCAAUUAAAUAACUUAUUUAAUCCACAACCUACUUCAGCAAAACUACCACCUGCUUCAGUUUUAUUCCAAAGUAAGCCAUCUUCAUCUACCGAGACAUCACAGACUCAAAUUCCUUUCUUUAAUCCAUCUAACUUGCCACAUCAAAUAAAUCCUAUUCCUACCAAUCAACCGUCGCAAAACCAAAAGCCCCCAUCUAGGAAUCCAUCACGGCCAAGCAGUUCACAUUUGCCACCAAACACAAAUGAACAGUCUGCUCCAACAUUUUUCAAUUCAACGCAAUCUAAUCCCACACAACCGACAAUAGAUAGUGCUCCCCCAGUAGCUUUCUUUGAUCCAACAAAACACUUACCAUCAAAUAACCAAGAAAGUUCACCCCAAUUUCUACCACCAACUGUAGAUCAUAAAGUUCCUCCACCUGUAAGUGGACCUACUUCUUACCGCUUACAAAAGGGAACUAAACUUUAUAAAAAUUCUUUAACCCCACAAGAAACUGCGCCAGUUCAUGUUAUAAAUCAAUCUUUGUCUACAUUUCCUAUACCACCAACCGUUGCUACCCCUCAAAGUGUUCCCUUAUUUGCUCCACCAUCUUCUGUAGGGCAAAUAACAUCAACUUCAAGUUUUGGGACUAAUCAAAGUGUUCCUUUGGUGACUCCAUCUGUGGAUGAAUUUAAUGCUAGUGCAACAUUAUUUGCUCCUCCUCCUGUAGGAGAAUUGAAAUCUACACCUCAAAGCGUAUCCUUAUAUGCUCCACCUUCUGUAGGAGAAUUGAUAACUAACGAACCAAUACAAAAUAUACCUUCGUUUGCUCCUCCACCUACUGCAGAAUUAAUAACUAAUAAUUCGGCUCAGAGUGUUCCUUUAUUUGCACCUAAUGUAAAUGAUACUGCACAAAGUGUUCCUCUGUUUGCGCCAUCCGUAGAUGAUCUUAAAUCUAAUGAAGCAAUAGAAAGUAUUUCCUCGAAAGAUCCACAAGUAGACGAGAGUAAAAUAGAGCCAACAACCCAAAACGUUCCAACUCCUAUAACACACACUGAAGAAAAUAAGUUGGAUAAUCUUAAAACUAAUGUACCAGAACCCAGUACAACUGCUGAAGUCACGAAAUUAUUAGAUUCAUCUGAAACUCAGGUUCCUACACAAGACACAAACUCACUAUUUGUUGACAAUAAAGCAACACAUCCCGUAAUUGAACCUAUUGAACCGGUUGUAGAAGAUAAAAAUACUGAAAUAAAAAACCAAGCAUUAGCAGAUCCCUUGGAAGAAACAAUACGCAAGCUGUCUUUAACAGCCGAGUCAUCUUCUGAGACUAAAACCCUAACAUUACCGCCCAUCACUACACAACACAACUCGAAUAAUCCAUACCGGAGAGGUUCUGCUACUGAAACUACAAAACCAGUUGUAAGCCAACCUAUAUUGGCUAACUUUUUUACGCCUCAACCAUCAACAGGCUCGGGCGACCUUAAUUUCUUUGCAACAUUGCCUGCUGCUGAACCUAAUUUGGAUAACUCUAGCAGUGUAGUUAACUUCUUCUCUCAAGCUGCUCCAAAUAAAGAAAGUAACCAACAAUUAUCACAACCAAAAGAAACUGUACAGGGAGAUACGACUAACUUUUUUACCACUGUUGGCAAAACUGAAGUAAGCCCCGCGGGUUUAGAUGUUAAGCAAGACUUAAUACCUAUUCAACCAUACACACCAAUACAACCACCUAUUACUGCCUUCUUUCCUACUCUACCAACGAGUAUAGGAUUAGUACCAGCAGUUCUAGAGGAGAAAAACGAUAUCACCAAACAACUUAACGAAUCAUUCGUGCAAGGUAACGUUCCACCACCUAUAGGAUUUGAAGGCUUCACGCAGUCAGAACAUAUUGCCCCUAUAAAACCAGCAAAUACUACUGUUCAAGAGGAAACUACUACAAUUCAAAGUCAACAGCCUGAAAUUGUCAACAGAUUUUCAAAUUAUUUUAAUCAAACAAAUCAAGAGCAAGAAACUGCUAGAGAUCCUGCAACAUUCUUUGAUUCAUUUCCUGGCCAACAAGCAACACAAUCUCAACAACAUACAGUUGAAGUGACCGCUCCUAGUGUGGCAACAAACGAAGAACAGCGUAUACAAUAUUUUUUCAAUAACCCACCACCAAAAGACGCAAGUGCUGUUGGAGAUUUAAAUUACGAUUUAGUUCACAGCGGUUUAGGCAUUAAAAAUAUACAACAACGUUCAUUAACACCAAUAUCGAACUUGGUAGAACCUCCUUCAUCUGCUUGCUCGGAAUUUUCGGAAUUCAGCAAUUCUACAGCAGGACAAAAAUCAAUCGCGGCAAAUUUAUCGAUAACAGAGAGUAGCGAGAAAUCUGUAGAGAAAGAGAAAAACAAAAGUAUUGAUAAUAGUGCAGUUUUGGAACAGGAUACAAACAUUAAACAUUACGAAGAACUACCAGAGGAAAUUUUAAAAGAAUUAAGAAUGGCGAAUAUAUUAUCUAAUGAUAAAUCAGCCUCUACCCCUAUGGCCAGUGUGUCUUAUAAACCAGCUGUUAAACAUUGGUUUUUCAAACGCACCAUAAGUGAUAAACAGAUUUGGGUUCCAUUUAGUCAUUAUGAUUCAGCUCUUCUGGAAACGAGUCUUUUAAUGGAAAAUGAAGAAGAAAAACCCAAUAUAGUGGCUGUAGAAGGUGGUCGUUAUGACGUCAAUAUAAGUGAACGCAAGAAAAUGAGCGUAUAUUGGGAAAGUGAACCGAUUGAAGUGCGUCGUUGUUCCUGGUUUUACAAAGCCGUUGAUUCAAAAUAUGUUCCCUAUGAGGAACAGACCGCCGAGGUAUUAGAAAACGAAUAUAAACAAGCCGCUGAGAGUGGCGUUUGGCAUAAAACAAUUAUUUUGGGCAUGGGAGAACAAGUAGUAUUUCAUGGUCCUACAGUUAUAGUACACUUUCAACAACAACAAAAUACUGAUGCCUGGGGUGGAACUACACAAACUGCCACUAGACCUCGCGUUGUUAAACGGGACUUGGAUGAUUUUAAUAUUGAACAGGGUGAAUCGCAAAAGGUAGACCAUUUAUUGUUUAUGGUACAUGGCAUUGGCUCCGCUUGUGAUUUAAAAUUAAGAUCUGUUGAAGAAGUUGUUGAAGAUUUUCGUACUAUUGCUCGUCAAUUGGUUCAGAGUCAUUAUAAAAACUCUACUGAUUUGGGUUUGGUGGGACGCGUUGAAGUUCUGCCAAUAUCCUGGCAUAGUCAUUUACACUCUGUUGAAAUGGGUAUAGAUGAAAAAUUACGUAUGAUUACAUUAGAAUCUAUACCUAAAUUAAGAAAUUUCACCAACGAUACCCUAUUGGAUAUACUUUUCUACACUAGUCCCACAUUUUGUCAAAAAAUUAUGAACACAAUCGUUCAAUCAAUGAACACUUUAUACUUAAAAUAUCGCGAAAGACAUCCCGAAUUUAAUGGUGGUGUUUCAUUGGCUGGUCAUAGUUUGGGUUCUCUUAUACUUUUCGAUUUGCUUUGUCAUCAACAUCCCAUUAAAGAGAGUGAAGAAAAAAAUCUUGAAAAUCCUGAUGAAUUUUUAACUCCAUCCACUUCUAACACCCAAAUGGAUUCGAAUCAAUUAGAUGAUAAUAAGCAGAUAAGCUACACUAUGGGACCGGCUGGAACUGGACAACCUUUCAUCAAUUACGGUCAAUUAAUUUUCCAACCUAAAAAGUUCUUUGCUUUGGGUUCUCCCAUAGGUAUGUUUGUCACCAUUAGAGGAAUCGAUAAGUUGGGCUUAGAUUUCCGCCUGCCAACCUGUCCCGGUUUCUAUAAUAUAUUCCAUCCUUAUGAUCCUGUUGCAUAUCGCAUUGAAGCUUUAGUUAAUCCUGAUCUAAGUGGUGUACGUCCUGUUUUGAUUCCUCACCACAAGGGACGCAAACGGAUGCAUUUAGAAUUGAAAGAAACUAUGACACGUGUUAGCAUGGAUUUAAAAAAUCGUUUCUUGGAUAAAUUUAAAACAACUCUGGAUAGUGUCAACAUAUUUGGUUCCGCUUCCAAAACAACGAAAGAAGCUGAGGAGUUAAUGGAAAAAGAAGUUGACAAGGUCAUUCAAAUGCAAAUGGAAUUAGAGCAACAAAACCAUAAUCAAAAUUCGAAUGACAAAUUGACACCUGUAAACGAUUCUCACAACGGAGCAGCUGCUGCUUCCAGACCAAGAACCGAUUCAGUAUCUACUCAUAUGUCCGAUGAUGUAGUAGAAAUCGAUUUGCCCUUGGGCAAACUUAACGAUUCCAAGCGUGUUGAUUAUGUAUUGCAAGAAGCUCCAUUGGAAUUUAUUAACGAGUAUAUAUUUGCUUUAAGCAGUCAUGUGUGUUAUUGGGAUUCUGAGGAUACUAUAUUAUUCGUCAUGAAGGAAAUAUAUUCCGGUCUUGGUAUCACCCCCGAUAGCCAAGUUCCACAGCAAACAAUGACCAUUGAACGUCCAAGUUCACGUAAUAGUUUAUUAUCUUCUUCUUAAAUUUAUUACCUAUAAUAAGUUAAUAUUUUAUCUUUUAUUUUUAUUCUAUUACUUUUCUCGUUUAAGUGUUAUUCUUGUUUUUAUAAACUACAAACUAAUUUUUUUUGCUGCUAAAUUUCAAUUAUUAUCAGCUUUAGCAACCAAUGAUGAUGGUUAAUUAUAAUUUAUUCAUCAUUAUACAGAUAAGCAGCUUUAUCAAAUUUGAAAUUAUUUAUAAGAUAAAUUUUUCAAAUAUGUAUUUAUAUCAAACUAAACGAAUUGGGAAGGGUAAUUGUUUAACAUUUCAUCUGUUCGUACUUUGUAUGUAAUUUUGUUAAGAAUUUUUGUAAAUUUGUUUUAAUUUUAUUCAAAAUAUAAACACUAAUUUCAUAUAUUAAUAAAUAUGUAUUUAUGAGAUAACUACGCAUAAUUAUUUAA